AUGGGGAACACCUCACCUACACCACAUCAGCUUCUUGUAGAAGCUUUGAUCUUUUGGAGCAUAGGUGUUGUCCUAUACAUUGGCCGAAUGUAUGAGCAAGCCAUCCAUCGCUACAGGAUCUCGCGGAUAAUUGCGAAUGGAUCGAUUAAGCGGUUAUUCUGGGAUGACUAUGUUAUGACAGGAACUUUCAUGAUAUAUACCACGCUCCUUGUACUGAUUCAGAUAUCUGCACGCUAUGCAACGAAUCUUAUGGACCCCAAAGACUACGGCCCGGUCUUAUCCGACCCAAAGCAAGUCAGUGACCGCAUUUACGGGAGCAAAAUUGUGAUCGGAUUAGAGCAAUGCAUGCUAUUCUCGACCUGGGGCGUCAAGAUGUGCAUGUUGAUACUGUAUUGGAGGAUCACGCAAAACCUGCGCUCUAAUCUAUACAUCAAAAUUUUGUCAGUGUAUGUGGCAUUAGGAUUUGUGGUCAUCAUGAUCACCUAUUACGCAGUAUACUGCCGCCCAUUCGAACAAUACUGGGCGAUGCCCGUCGAGAAUAUGCAGUGCGCGACAUAUCAGUACUAUUCCAUUACGCAGGCCGUGUUCAACAUAUCCUCGGACGCUGUGAUGUUUGCCAUCCCGAUCCCACUUCUCAUCAAAGCGCAGCUCAAACGACGACGAAAAGUCCUCCUGCUUGGGGUCAUGAGCCUCGGCCUCUUUACGAUAGUGGCUGCCAUCUUGAAUAAGUACUUUAACUUCGCAUCUCCAUUGACGACAACCUACCAGAUUUGGUAUAUACGGGAAGCAAGUACUGCAAUCUAUGUUGCAAAUUUGAUGUGCUGGUGGCCGCUCCUCCGGAAACUCUUCGGUCUCAAGGCAUUUUCAUACAAUAGCAACCGUGGGAAGCGCGUGGGUCACGGUAACAACCGGAACAAAGACGAUAGUACCUACGGGCCCGGAUCACAAUCGCGCCCAUCCUUCUCCCUGCCACGCGCUUUAAACUUUAUGCGAUCUGGGAUGCGAACAGCAGCGAACGGCGCGCACCUUGCUCGGCACGACAAUGAACAUCGCUCUAGCCAAGAGGCGAUUACACAGGCUUCAAGCGACUUCAUGGAUGAUUUGCAUCGGGUUGAAGCGGUACCGCUUGAGGAAUGGAAUAAGAAAAACGACCGGGCUUUCAACAUCGAGGAACAACGGGAAAGGGGGACGAGUCAGGAAUCUAUGUCGAUGUAUGAUGCUGAACGCUCCAAGGGUCCAUUGCAGAAAGACCAUAUUCCUAGCAGGUAUUGA